GUUUUUGGCGCCAUUUUCAUUUUUUGAAAAAAAAAAAAAAAAAAAAAGAAGACGAGUGUCAUGAUGCAACAUCAUCAAACGGGCCGGCCAGUUGCUGGACCGAGUAGCAAUGCGAGCAACACUAGCGGCAACACUGUCAUCAACCGUUCGAAAGGGAUGAAAAAUGCGCGUGAAGCGCCGGCCGCUUCGGCGGCCAGCGCGUCGACGGCCGACGCUGUCCACCAUCACCACCCACAUCACCACAACAACAACAACACGACGACGGCGGCGGCGGGGCUGAAGGGCAGCGCUGCCGUCGCCUCGACGUCGGCCGCUUCGGCCUCGAACGAGUUCAAAACGAAGACGGUUUUGAAAGAGGCCGUCGAUGCCGUUGUCAGCAGUUUCGCCAAACAUAGUCAAGGAUACGGUCGAGUGAACGUGGUGGAAGCGCUACAGGAAUUUUGGCAAAUGAAACAAGCUCGUGGCGCAGAUCUGAAGAAUGGAGCGCUCGUCAUUUACGAAUCGGUACCUUCCUCAUCACCGCCGUACGUCUGCUACGUCACACUACCCGGAGGAUCCUGCUUCGGAAGUUUUCAGAAUUGCCCGACGAAAGCUGAGGCCAGACGGAGCGCCGCCAAAAUUGCGCUGAUGAACUCGGUCUUCAAUGAACACCCGUCGCGACAGAUCUCGGACGACUUUAUUGAAAAAGCCGUCGCCGAAGCCAGAGCCUCUUUCAAGGGCGAUCCGGACGAAGCGGACAACCCCAAUACGGGCAUCGGCGCCUUCCGCUUCAUGCUGGAGGCCAAUAAAGGGCGGACCAUGCUGGAAUUCCAGGAGCUGAUGACCGUCUUCCAGUUGUUGCACUGGAACGGCUCGCUCAAAGCCAUGCGGGAGCGCCAAUGUUCCCGACAGGAGGUGGUGGCCCACUACUCGCACCGCGCCCUCGACGACGACAUGCGCUCGCAAAUGGCCCUCGACUGGAUCGCCAGAGAACAGGAGACUCCAGGUAUCGUUAGCCGUGAAUUGAACAUGGCAGAACGGGAAUUGGAAGCGGCUCGGCUGGCCGGGCGAGAGCUGCGAUUUCCAAAAGAAAAACGAGAGAUCCUGAUGCUCGCCUGCUCUCAAGUAGCCCACGGAGACGGACUCUCCAGUUAAAUCAAUCAAGGCAAAUGUUUGGCAAAUAAAUAAUCGCAAUUUCGCAAAAUCGUUCAAAUCUGACCUUCACAAAAUGCUGAUUGGAUUUUGAGGGCGGACAAGUAUACACAAACCAUCUUUUUUUUUUUUUUUUUUUUUUUUUUUUUCAUGUAACACACACCACUUUUAAUUGUGUCAAAUUUGUUCAUCGUGCGUGUACAACUUGUGUGUUUGUAUUUUUGUUGUGCCGUUAGUGUUUUGUUUUUUUUGUUUGUUUUCGUUUGUCUAUAACAUACGGAUCGACGUGGCUCUCGUUGUGUUUAUCUCUCAAUGAUGCGCGUUUAGGUUUUUUUUUGUUUUUUUUUUCAAAUAAUCAAUGUCUAAAUCGUAUAUACUUUUGUAAUAAUCUCGUCUCAUUGUUGGUGAAAUAUUUGCAUCCCUCCUUUAAAAAAAAAAAACAAACAAAAAAAUGUGGACCUUUCUUCUUCCCCGGUGUUUAUUUUCUUACCCCAAUUUUCCUUCCAGAAUUCGGCUGGUAUUCACAGCCGAUUACACACAGACACAGCAGAGAAACAAAAGAAAUUCAUUUCAACGUCCCCUAAAAGUUGCCAUUUCCAGUGAAAAUCCAUGUCCCCAUUCCGCUUUUUCUUUUUUUUUUUUGUUGUUUGCUUGUUAUCAAACACACGCAAAACACAAAUAGAAAGAGAGAUUAAAAAAAAAAAAAAAAAAGAAACUGUGGAAGACACGACACGAAGAAAGAAGAUGCCAUCCAUUUUGAUUUUUAACGCGUGAGUUCGUUGAUUGACUAACGAACAAAACACACAUUUUUUUUUUUUGUUUGUUGGAAAUCGAGAGAUAACGGGAGAGAGAUACGUAAAAGAAUUAGACGGAUUAAAAAAAAAAAAAAGGAAAGAAUUAAUUUGUUUUUUUUUUUUGUUGCGUGCUGCUGUGUAUCAUAUAUUUUAAAUAGGAAAAAAAAAAAGAAACAUAA